UUUGGCGCAAUAUUGACAUCAUGCAAUGUCGUGGUUUUACAUUCAAUCAGACUAGAACCUGUACUUGCCCUAAAAGUUUACUAUGUUCUCGAAACGAAACACAACUCUGUGUUGCAACUAGUGCAAACAAUUGUCGGUUGUAUGGUAACGAAUGUGAUCUAGAAGGCGAUAGAUGUCAGGGACAAAGAUUAAUGGAUGUCAACAAUUUACAUUGCCAAAGAUUUGAAGUGGGUGCCAAUGGUACUUGCACUUGUCCUAAUCUGCUUCAUUGUCAAAGAAAUGUCACCAAUAUAUGUGUAAGAAAUGCUGCUAAUCGAUGUCAAUUAAUGACCAGUCAAUGUGAUUUGGAACUGCAAAGAUGUAGAGGAACUUCUUUAAUUAAUACCUUGGCUGUACAGUGUCGCAAUAUAAGACCUGGUGAAACGGGAGAUUGUGCUUGUCCCUCUUUGGUAAGCUGUUCAGCUAAUCGUACAAAUAUUUGUGUACGCACCAGAGUGGGCUGCCGUAUUAAGACAAACGAGUGUGAAUUGGAACGUUCUAGGUGUUUGGGGGAAGGUAGGUUUUAUAUAUUUCUUUUAAAACUAGUAUUCAAUAUUUUCUUUACUUAGUGGUCACCCCUA